CCCCGCUAUUCUAGUGAGCAGAUACUUUUAUUCCAUUAUUUGCCCUGGAUGAACAUCAAAUAUUUUCUUCUUUAUCCUCCCAAUUCCAGAGCCUCCGCCCUCCGCGUCUCCUCUCCCACUCCUCUGCAGUGUCUAAUUGGAUUGCAUUACUGUUCCCUCACAAGAGCUGGGCUCAUAGGUUUUCCCAGCCAGACUGUGGUCCGGAGCAGCUACUUUCACUGGUUUCUCCUACACAAAGACACAAACUCCCCAGGACCGCCACACCACUUAAUCUGUGGCAUUGCAAUGGCAUUAUUCAGGGUGCUGCCACUCUGUCACUUCCUCCUUUUCCUGUGCAUCGAUUCUUCCCACCAAAUAGAUGACAACAAGAUUCCUCCCAGUUUGUGUACUGGACAUCCUGGUAUCCCAGGCUCGCCGGGGGUCCAUGGCAGUCCUGGUCAACCAGGAAGAGAUGGGCGGGAUGGAAGAGAUGCUGCCCCAGGAGAGAAGGGGGAGAAGGGAGAUCGGGGAGACUCAGGUGAGUCAGGAAUGCGGGGCUUGAUGGGGGACCGAGGUGACCCAGGAGAAAAGGGGGAGAAAGGGGUGGCAGGAGAGUGUGCUGUCGCCCCAAAAUCUGCCUUCAAUGCCAAGAUGUCAGAGACCCGCACCAUGCCUAUCACUGCAGGGGAAGCGGUCUGCUUUGACAAAGUCGUGCUGAACGAGCAGGGCGACUACAACCCAGAGACAGGACGUUUCACUUGCAAAGUCCCCGGGGUCUACUACUUUGCAGUCCAUGCUACUGUCUACCGUGCCAGCCUCCAGUUUGACCUGAUGAAAAAUGGCCACACGGUAGCAUCUUAUUUUCAAUUCUAUGGCAACUGGCCAAAACCUGCGUCACUGUCAGGUGGUUCAUUGCUCCACCUUGUCCCUGGCGACCAGGUGUGGAUCCAGAUGGCCCUGGGAGAAUACAGUGGGAUUUACUCCAGCAGCAAGACCGAUAGUACUUUCACUGGCUUCCUGGUAUACUCAGACUGGAAAAACUCUGCUGUUUUUGCAUAAUGUGUCCUUAUGGACAAAUCAUAACUUCUUUUCUUUUUUUUUUACUUCAUCCAAUGAAACACAAGCCUUGUUUUGGUUUUGGUUGAAUUGAGAAGGUUUCUGUUUGGAUAAAGAUGAGUAAAUGGGCCACGAAGUGGCUCUGGGUUCUGACAUCUGUAUUUGUAUAUAAAGUAGGAAACAUACCAGACAAUGUAACCUGAAUGGGACAUAUCUCACAGUCGAGGUGUGAAUAAGGCACAUACUGAACAGUUAUGUUUAUGAAUAUCUGUACUGCCACGUGAAAACUUAACAAUUUUGUUUUUGACAAUUGUUGGGUUUUUUUUUUUUUUUUUUACAUUUCACCAAUUCAGUUAGCAUUUACACUCUCAUUAAGAGUACUACAUCUCACUUCUCACUCAUGACUGCACGACAAACAUAUGAAACAAAUAAAUCAUUGGUAAAAUAUAAGGUUCUUAAUUUUACAAGUAAGCUGUGAGUAAUGUGAUUAUUUCAACCCUCAUAGACCUCCAUUUUCUGUGCUGACUUACGAGGUGAGCUCAACCCAGUCUUUAAUUGUUUUCAUAAGUCAGUCUUAGAGUUUUCACCUUAACUUGAAAUUAGAUUAUCAUGCGUGAGUGUUUCCUACGACUUUGCGGCCUGUGCAUGCUCCUGAUGUCAAUGUCUUUGAUCGUCUUUGUAGUUCUUCUGCUGGAACUGAACAUGAUUUCACUUUUCAUCAAUAAAAAGGGAUGGCCACUGCUUUGGAUAUACUGAAAGCACCACCAAAGUAAAUAGCAUAAAGGAAAAGACAGAGACAGAUUUAUUUUCCACUGGAUCUACACUGUUUACCUCUGCCGUAAUGAUUUCACCAAAUGCUCUAAGUGCCUCGACAGACACUCUGAGAAGAUCAACGCUCCAUCUGUCUCUGCUUUCACCGAUCAUCAGGUCAAAGAGCAAGACAUUUCUGAUGGUACAGUAUUGUUUGUCACAGCCCACAGGACUUCAAUACACCACCUCAGACUUGAGAGAAACAACCCCCCCCCACCCCCAAGGGAAUAUGAGAGAAGUGGUUUGUAAUUCAACCUUGGCAACCUCAGCCAGUUGUUUCCACUUGCUCAGGGGCUGUAAAUGUGUCUCCAACUACUGAAGAGGCCAAAUAGUGACCAAGCAGACAGUGACAUCACUCCUGGAUUUACCCAGCUCCUAUUAGUGGCUUGGGUGUCUGUUUGGGUGAAGGGGAGGUGAACAUGGAGAUGUUAAAUUCUCUCCUGCUAACACUGUGAUGCAGAUGGGACGAGUCAGAAUAGGUGGAGAACACGAGAGCAUGCCACAGUGGGAAUAUUCAAAGUAGGAAUAUUUCAGUGGCAUGGAAGUGUUGAAUGGACACCGAAACCCGCCAGCAUUUCUCAGACAAAGUUAAAACCAGGGUUGUUUGAUGAUAAAGGGUCAUGAUAUUUUUGGAGUGAACGUCAUGCUGCCAGACAAAGACUAUAUUUAU